CUGGACAGCAGCAGCACGCACUCCCGCCCGCCAGGCGAACACCCCCCCGACUCCCGCCCGACACCUUGGGAUUCUAUCGAUCCUCCCGUCAUCACCGCAGUGGCAUCUCGCUGUCCGCCUUCCGCUUUGUGUCGAGGUUCCCUCCGUCCCGUCGUCUUGUUCGUUGUACCUCUACAACACAACCCCCCUCUACCUAGACCCGACUUACUUGCAACAUCCAUCCAUCCAACUCUAAACACGAGUCUUGUUCACACCACCUUGCUGCUGCGCCAAACAGUAGUUGCCUCCUAGUCUGUCGCCCUCGGUCGAUUAGAGUCUUGGAUUUCCGGACAGCCAGGCCUCCUUUUCUCCUGGCGCCUUCUCGCCCUUACAGUCCACUUCUUCUGUUGACACCGACCCCCUCGGAGGUAUCGACACCGACACCAACCUCGACGCCGACGCCGACAUCGAAGCCGCCCGCUGUCACGUCACCCAGCCUACCUGUCAUACCUACUACUCUCUUCCUAGCCUCGUCGCUUCGUAUUUCGUCGCUUUUAUCCUAGAUCUUCUCCUAUCCGUCAAACCUCCUAUUGGCGUCCAACCUCAGUCCUUUCGUAUCCUACGGCUGGUCCACCCUACCUACGUCCAUUCCCCUUUUAGGUUUCUGCCAGACAGCAAAAUGUCGUGGAAACUCACAAAGAAGCUGAAGGAGACCCAUUUGGGUCCUCUUUCAAGCCCCUUCUCCCGCUCGCCCUCUACCUCCACCAUCACAGAUAAGGAAGACAAGAGCCAAGCGGGCAGCUCGGGAGCAGCCACCCCUUCGAACGAGAACACCAUUGCCGCCUCGGAAGCCCUUACGCAAGCUCCCAUCGUCAAGCCUCCUAAGCCCGGUAUCCUCGUCGUCACCCUCCACGAGGGUUCCGGCUUCUCGCUACCCGAACAGUAUCGCAAUGUCUUUUCCUCAAACCAUGGCGGUAACUCGAUGUCGACGGGAAGUGCCCUUAACGUUGCAGGCUCCAUUCGCACCAACAACUCGUCACGAACAGCCAACUUCCUGAGCGGUUCUUCGCGCCCACAGAGCUCGGGCGGCUUUGGCGCCAUUCCUACAAAUCACGGCCGUAUCUCCACAAAGUAUAUGCCCUAUGCCCUCAUAGAUUUUGACAAGGUUCAAGUUUUUGUCAACUCGGUCGAAGGCAACCCCGAAAACCCCCUCUGGGCCGGCUCCAACACUCAGUACAAGUUCGAUGUGUCUCGAGUUACGGAGCUUGCCGUACAUCUUUACAUCAGGAACCCCAACGCGGCGCCUGGCUCCGGCCGCAGCCAAGACAUCUUCCUUGGUGUUGUCCGUAUUAACCCCAGAUUCGAGGAGAAGCAGCAGUUCGUCGAUGACCCCAAGGCCAGCAAGAAGGACCGGGAAAAGGCCGCCGCCGACUUUGCCAACAAGGAGCGCGCCCUCGGACACAGCGGUGUGGAGUGGGUCGACGUUCAGUAUGGUACCGGAAAGCUCAAGAUCGGCGUCGAGUAUGUGGAGAACCGCGCCGGUAAGCUCAAGAUUGAGGAUUUCGAGCUCCUCAAGGUUGUCGGCAAGGGCUCGUUUGGUAAGGUCAUGCAGGUGCGCAAGAAGGACACGAACCGUAUUUACGCUCUCAAGACGAUUCGCAAGGCGCACAUCAUCUCGCGUUCCGAAGUCGCCCACACGCUCGCUGAGCGAUCCGUUCUGGCCCAGAUCAACAACCCGUUUAUCGUGCCGCUCAAGUUCACCUUCCAGAGUCCCGAGAAGCUAUACUUUGUCCUCGCCUUUGUCAAUGGUGGUGAGCUGUUCCAUCAUUUGCAGAAAGAGCAGCGAUUCGACGUCAACCGCAGUCGUUUCUACACGGCCGAACUGCUGUGUGCGCUCGAAUGCCUUCACGGUUUCAACGUCAUUUACCGUGAUCUCAAGCCGGAAAACAUUCUUCUCGACUACCAAGGUCACAUCGCUCUCUGCGAUUUCGGUCUCUGCAAGCUGGACAUGAAGGAUGAGGACCGCACCAACACAUUUUGCGGCACCCCUGAGUAUUUGGCGCCCGAAUUGCUGAUGGGUAAUGGUUACAACAAGACUGUCGAUUGGUGGACAUUGGGUGUGCUUUUGUACGAGAUGUUGACGGGUCUCCCGCCUUUCUACGAUGAGAACACCAACGAGAUGUACCGCAAGAUCCUCAGCGAACCGCUGCACUUCCCCGGACCCGAGGUUGUACCCCCAGCUGCCAAGGACCUCUUGACCAAGCUGCUCAACCGCGACCCGCAACAACGUCUCGGUGCCAACGGGGCGGCCGAGAUCAAGGCGCACCCCUUCUUCCACGCCAUAGAUUGGCGCAAGUUGUUGCAGCGCAAGUACGAGCCUGCGUUCAAGCCCAAUGUGGUUGACGCGCUCGACACCGCCAACUUCGACCCUGAGUUCACAUCGGAACUUCCUCAGGAUUCUUACGUGGAAGGACCGAUUCUGUCAGAGACGAUGCAGAACCAGUUCACGGGCUUCAGUUACAACCGUCCUAUUGCUGGUCUCGGGGAUGCGGGUGGCAGUGUUAAGGACCCAUCAUUCGCGAGCAGUCUUCAAGACAACAGCAGCAGGAGAUAGACAAAGUAAAAGAGAGGUAGAAACUUUGGCUUGGGCAACGGGAAUAUAGCAAAUGCAGCAUAGAGGCAGGUUCAGUUAAGCGGUUGUGUCGCGGCUGUGAUUGACCCAUUGGUGGGUAAGACUGAGCGUAGAGGUGACAGCCAAGUGCUCAGUCGCUGGACAAUGGGCUUUCAAAGUCUUUUUUUCUUUAUCUUGUGUUUAGUCUAUCCAUAUUUGUGACUUGAGCUACCUAGGUACAUUUUCACAUAGGAGUUGGGCAGUGAUUUGUUUCAUUGUUAAACUUAUAAGCAAUGUCAAGUAUUUUUUUUUUUACAAAACACGGGGCACAGCCCGACGUUUGCUUGGAAACCAAACUCAAGAUGAGGUGGAAAAGGGUUAGGCAGCCGAGCAACCCGGAAUGUCACAUAAAUGUAGUCGU